AUGUUUUUUUUUUAAUUAGGUAGUUCACGUGUUCAAACGUUGUUAGUUUGUGAGGAUUUCUUUAGGGGCUCCGUCGGGAGUUUAUCCGGGACAACAGAACUCUUGAAAUGCUGAGUUCAUUUACGCUUCUUCAUCGGGGGCUUUCGAACGCGACAAUUUAAAAGUUGUCACGCUCCCUUGCAGAAAUGCCGAGGAAAACAUUGCUUGCGUUUGCAUUUCUUGCGUGGAUCACAUCAGAAGCUGCUUCCGAUUCUUUUGUCAUCAACGUCGACCUUGGAAAACCAGUAGCACCUUUGAAACACUUCUGGAGAAGCACUGGUUUUUGCCCUCCUCUUCCUCACACCGAGGCGGACCAGUUUGACCUGAGUGUUGACCAGCAGCAGAACCUGGCUUAUGUGGGCUCCGUCCCCCAUGGAGGGAUCCAGCAGGUCAGAAUCCACUGGAUGUUGGAGCUGGUCACUGCCCAAGAUGUUGGAGGACAACCCCAGUACAAUUUUACAAAACUGGACCAGCUAAUGAAUCUCUUAUGGAUUAAUGGACUGCAACCAGGUUUUGAACUGAUGGGCAGCGUCUCAAACUACUUCACCAACUUUGAAGAGAAAUCUCAAGUGUUCAAAUGGAGAAAUUUGGUUCAUCUCAUAGCCAAGAGGUACAUCGAAAAAUUUGGUCUUGGAAGUGUUUCUCAGUGGAACUUUGAAACAUGGAAUGAGCCCAACAACCAUGACUAUGAUAAUGUCAGCAUGUCAAUUCAAGGGUUUCUAAAUUAUUACGAUGCCUGUUCGGAGGGUCUGCGGGCUGCCAGUAACUUGCUGAGGUUUGGUGGUCCGGGAGACUCCUGUCACUCGCCCCCACACUCGCCUUACUGCUGGGCCAUGCUUCAACACUGCUACAAUGGCACCAACUACUUCACUGGCGAGACGGGCAUUCGGAUUGACUACAUUGCCCUGCACAAAAAGGGAGGAGGUUGCUCUUUGCCAAUCCUGCAGCAGGAGCUGCAGACCGUGGGGGAGAUCCAGGAGCAUUUCCCCCAGUUCCGCAGUCGUCCUGUGUACAACGAUGAGGCUGACCCACUGGUGGGCUGGUCCCGGCCUCAGGAGUGGAGAGCAGAUGUGACCUAUGCUGCCAUGGCGGUCAAGGUGAUCAGCCAGCAUCAGGAUGUGUUGUCGGCAAACACUAGCAUCAACUACACCCUACUGAGCAACGACAACGCCUUCCUCAGCUACCACCCUCACCCCUUCACCCAGCGCACUCUGACCGCUCGCUUCCAGGUCAACAACACCCAGCCGCCUCAUGUGCAGCUCAUCAGGAAGCCCAUCCUCACCGUCAUGGGCCUUCUGGCUCUGUUAGGUGAGACACAGGUCCUGGCAAAAGUUUCAAACUCCUCAGGAGCUGAUGAUUCCCACAGCGGACGCGUGGGAGUUCUUGCAAGUACCCACCAGCAAGAAUUCCCCAGAGGUUCAGACAGCUGGCAGGCCGCUUUGCUGGUCUACAGCAGUGAUGACAACCGCACGUCGGCCAGCAUUAAUGUUGUCACUGUGUCGCUGAAAGGACUGGAGCCGCACACAGGUCUUGUAUAUGUCACCUAUCUCCUGGACAAUAAUGUGAGUAACCCAUAUCAACAAUGGCAAAACAUGGGAAGCCCCAUCUACCCCACGACAGACCAGUUCACAAAGCUCAGGAACGUCCAGGACCCUCUCGUUGAUGGACCGUGGCCGGUGCCCGCAGGCGACACUCUCACUUUGAAGGCAAGACUGCGUGUUCCCUCUGUGCUGCUGAUACAUGUAUGUGCCCGACCCAAAGCCGCUCCAAACCAGGUCAAUGGUGUGCGCUUCAUCAGGAUCACCAGAGGCCAGGUCCUCGUUAUCUGGUCUGACGGCUGUGUUGAUUCCAAAUGCAUUCACACCUUUGAACUGGAGUACUCUGCAAGUCAGAAGGAGUUCAGCAGGAUUAAUAGCCUCAACACCAUUUUUACCUCAUUUGUUUAUUCACCUGUGGACCAGGAGGUGAGCGGCUGGUACAGAGUCCGAGCUGUGGACUACUGGGGCAGGCCUGGGAUGUACUCACUGCCUGAGGAGUAUUCAGAAGAGCUUUAUCUAUCUCAUCAUAUAUAGAAGACCACCAUGUCAUCUUUAUGCAACUAAUCUGCUGUUAUUUACAGACCUUGUAUUAUGUCAAAUGAGAGAUACUUUGGUAAUGUUUUUAUAUAA